GAUGACGCAGAAGAAGUAUUCACAAAACCGACAGAACCUAAAAGAAGUUCAGCAGGCUUCAGCAAUAAAAACCUGCAGCCGAAUUCUCUCAUUGAGCAGGACCCCAGCCUGGAUCGCAGCUACAGCCACCUCUUUUCAGUCUCCUGUGGGGUCUACAACGAAGGAGAUCCCUCCUACUUACCUUCUACCUCUGGCCAGCCAAAGAUAUGCACGCCUAAAUUGCAGAAACACCAGUCCCUUCAUAAAUCCUCAUUAGAGUGGUCUGGCAGAACUCUGCUUCAGUCUUCAGCAAGUUUAGUCCAUGACCUCUCCCUCAGCCCUCCACCCAAUACAUCCAACCUGCCUGUCCCGGGUCGGUCCCCUGGUCAAGUGGGUGACUGGGGUACAGAUGCUGCAGACCUGGACGAGCCUAAAGAAAGUCUGCAUUUGAAGCAAGAAAGCCAAGGUCCUCAUAGUAUUUGUGUCCCUCUUUCUCCCGAUUCACCUCAGAUAAAGAAGGAACCUGAGCUCAUAGUUUUGUCCGACUCAAGCGAGGGGAUGGAGGUGGUUCUUAGUUCCCGCAGUCCUUCGCCACAUUCUCCUCAUGUUGUUCAGAAACAACAGAGCUACACCCAGAUCAUACCUCAGCCAAUCCUGAAAUUUGAUGAACCCACCCAAGACAAUAAAAAGUUCCGUAGUUUAGAGUUUAGUCCUGAUGAUCGGUCUGCAGCAGUGAACAAGUGUGACCAGAGUCCAGUGGACUGUUCACCAGAAGUAUCCUGGCUGAUCCCAUCCACACCGCUCCAGCAUAGACGAAGCAUGACCAGCUCCAGCUCCACUCAGACGAAAAGCAGCAUGUGCAGGACGCAGCUGUUCCCCAAAGGCGACCCUUCUUCACUCUCUGUUUUCUCUUCUCCUGCUUUACCCCACACACCUCAGACCUCCGAAAGUCCAACCAGAGUUUCUGCCCACAGUGGCCCAACAGAGGGCAGUGCACCCAGGUUAAAACAUCCCUGUAGCUCCAGCUUAGAGCUCAACUUAAGUCCUAAAGGAACCAGUAGUUGUGAUGUGAGUAAAGACAAAAAAAAGUUUGCAGCCCCUCCGAGCCAAUGUAAGCGCACACACCCCUCAAGCUCAUUUUCCUCAAAGCAGGAUACACCCCUACACCUCCAGCCCCACCCUUACAGCAGUACUCCCCUGCACACUGAGAUCCACCAGCCCCACAGUCUUCUUGCUACCUCCCCGCUCCACAUCAGCCUCGAUAAGCAGACAUCAGCAAGCCAAGGAAAGGAUAGCGCUUCAUCUGAUAGCCCAGACAAGACAGAGUUAGGAAGUUUUCAUCUCUCCCCCCUGUCUGACCCUUCAGGUCCACCUUCUUCUUCCUCUCACAGAGUUCUUCAAAGUUCACAGAGGCACAGUGACGACCCUCAUCAAAGUCCAGAGUUCAAGAUGAGGGGAAUAAAAGAUGAGGAAAGAGAGAUGGAGUGCCAAAAUAAAGACAGAGGUGAUGAUGGAGAGCAGGAAGAAGUAAAAGCAGAAUCUGGAGUAGCAGAGGUCGCUGAAUCCAGUUUCCAGCAGAGCUUCAUGGCCAUGGACGAGCCCCCCAUAGCCUUCAACGACUCAUGGGGCCUUGAUGCCUGCGUCGAUGCCAACCCAGGCUGCUUCAGUCUGAAGCUGGAGGACAGUAGAGGAUCCAGCCAGCAGGAACACAGCCCAGGACAACGAAAAACAACCAGGUCACCAUCCUCUACCGACUGUCAACCUUCACCAUCCACUCACAAUGUCCGUUUAUUGAACGGCCACGGCAAGGGUGUGACGACUCACAGUUCACAACCACGCACCAGUGAACAGGCUCAUACAGGCUCUUCAUUUACCCCUUCACCACCUGACCCCACCACCCGGACCACACCUCAGAUCAGCAGCAGCCUCCUGGACUCCAAGAUAUGGGACAGCUGGGAGGAGGAAGAGGAGGAGGAGGCUCCUCCUCUUUCUCAGAGGGUUAACCCUUCUGCUCACUUCAGAACGCCUGCAUCGUCACAUAAUAAAAGGCGUCGUACGUUGGUGCCCAUCACUCCCAUGCCCCACUACUCUGACAUGGACACACCAGAGCUCAAGAAUAAACUCAACAGGUUUGGUGUUCGGCCUUUACCAAAGCGUCAGAUGGUCCUUAAACUAAAGGAGAUCCACCAGUACACCCACCAGCUGACCAGCUCUGACUCUGAAGAUGAGGAGUGCAUCUCUGCAGGCCGUGCAGCUCCUAUGAAGCCCCCACCCACCAGUUCAGUGGCUGCUGGCAACAGGCCGCUCUCCUCUACCCAGACAGUGAAGUUUAAAGAGCCCUUAGCGCUCGCUGCCACCUCCCCUGUGAAACGCAACAAAGAAGAGGAGGGAGAGCUGCUGUCUGCCUCACAGGGCUCCAACACCUCCUCAACUGCUGCCAGUGAAGAAUCUGAAAGGUCCAACCCAGAGCUGUGCGUGACCUCGGAUUCAGACAGUGAUGAUUCAGACAUCACUGCCUCCCAGGUGGCAACACGCCUUCAAGAUCGCCUCCAGGCGGUGCGCUCCUUCAUCCUGUCUGAUUCUCGGCUGUACACUCAGAUCCUCCAGUACCAACCUCUGGUCCUGUCCCAGCUACAGCAGCAGCUCAAGGCGACUGGGAUCCGCUUGGGUGCUGCCAAGCUGAUGGACUACCUUGACUCCCAGUGCAUCACCUUCACCACAGCCAAGCCGGGCCGGUCGGCACCCAGCCGCAGGCGGGGCAAGAAGUCAGGCAAGGUGGCAAAGGCAGCAGGAGAUAGUGGGGCAAGCAGGAAAAGAGCAUCAUUACACAAUAAACGGCGUCGUUCAUUGGUGCCCAUCACUCCCAUGACCCACUACUCUGACAAAGACACACUGGAGCUCAAGAACAAACUCAGCAGGUCCAACCCAGAGCUGUGCUUGUCCUCCGAUUCAGACAGUGAUGGUUCAGACAUCUCUGCCUCAACACACCUUCAGGAUCGCCUCCGGGCGGUGCGCUCUUUCAUCCUGUCUGACUCUCGGUUGUACACUCAGAUCCUCCAGUACCAACCUCUGGUCCUGUCCCAGCUCCAGCAGCAACUCAAGGCAGCUGGGAUCCGCUUGGGUGCUGCCAAGCUGAUGGACUACCUUGACUCCCAGUGCAUCACCUUCACCACGGCCGAGCUGGGCCAGUCGGCACCCAGCUACAGGCAGGGCAAGGGGGCAAAGGCAGCAGGAGAAAGCAGCAGGAAAAGAGCUCCGAUGAAGCCCCCACCAACCAAUUCAGUGGCUGCUGGCAACAGGCCGCUCUCCUCUGCCCAGACAGUGAAGUUUAAGGAGCCCUUAGCGCUCGCUGCCACCUCCCCUCUAAAACACAACAGAGAGGAGGAGGCAGAGCUGCUGUCUGUCUCACAGGGCUCCAACACCUCCGCAACUGCUGCCAGUGAAGAAUCUGAAAGGUCGAACUCAGAGCUGUACUCUUGCACCACGGCUGCUUCAGACAGUGACAGCGGCAUCUAUAUCUCUCAGGGGUCAACACGCCUUCAGGAUCGCCUGCAGGCGGUGCGCUCCUUCAUCCUGUCUGACUCUAGGCUGUACACUCAGAUCCUGCAGUACCAACCUCUGGUCCUGUCCCAGCUACAGCAGCAACUCAAAGAAGUUGGGAUCCGCUUGGGUACAACCAGGCUGAUGGACUACCUGGACUCCCAGUGCAUCACCUUCACCACGGCCGAGCUGGGCCACUCGGCAUCCAGCAGCUUGCCCUCUUUCCUGGGAGGGCAAGAGGGUGGCAAAAGCAGUGGGUGUUUACAUAGAAAGGUGGCAGGUUUGUGAAAAACAUUUGUUUGAUUGAGAAUAACUUAAUUUAAUUAAACAGGA